GUGGGAGAGCCAAGCGGUGGGGAGCUGGGGGCGGGGAAGGUCCAACUGCGGAGGCCCGCAGAGCUCUAGCUCUGGAGUGAGAGGGCCCGGAGAGCCACGAGCCACGAGCCGCCCGAUCCGGGAGGGAAGAAGGUUCCUGCACCUGAUUUUGAGAUGAUGGGACUAGGAAAUGGUCGUCGGGGGAUGAAGUCACCACCACUCCUGGUAGCGGCUUUAUUGGCCUGUGUUAUCGUCUUGGGUUUCAAUUACUGGAUUGCAAGUUCCCGUAGUGUGACCCUCCAGACUCAGAUCUUAGAGUUGGAAGGAAGAGUCCGAAGGGCAGCAGCAGAGAGAGGUGCUGUGGAGUUAAAAAAGAAUGAAUUCCAAGGAGAAUUAGAAAAGCAAAGAGAACAGCUGGACAAAAUCCAAUCCAGACACAACUUUCAGAUGGAGAAUUUCAAUAAGAUGUACCAGGAUGAAAAGGCACUUUUGGUAAAUAACAUCACCGAAAGUGAGAAAGUCAUCAGGAGCCUGAAAGAACAUUUGAAAGACUUGCAGAAGAACUAUGGCAAACUCCAGCAGGACAUACUUCAAUUUCAGAAGAACCAGACCAACCUGGAGAGGAAAUUCUCUUAUGAUCUGAACCAGUGCAUCAACCAGAUGAAAGAGUUGAAGGAACAGUGUGAAGAAAGGCUAGAAGAAGUCACUAAAAAAGGGAAUGAAGCUCCAGCUUCCAGAAACCUCAGUGAGAAAAAUGAUCCAAACAAUCAGCUAGCCAUCAGUGAGCCAGAGCAAAAGCAACAUGAAUCGGAACUGAAGGAUGUAGAAGUGCAGCAUGAGAAUGGAAAUACAAUUCCUGAAGGACCCAUCUCUCCUUCUGAGAAGAUCCCAAAUGUGAUGAGACAAGAAGAAAAAGGAGAGACCAAUAACAUCUUGACUCCCAGUGAAGAGGAGGCUCAGAAUGAGAACCAGGGAGGUGAGAUUUUGUCUCCAGAGCCAGGCAGAGAGCAGAACUCCAACAAUAAAAGAAAAGAGAGCACUGAACUCGGAGAAUCUCUCCAGACCCAAAAUGGGCCUGGUGGCCUUCUGCUCAGCCAGGAAAAUCGUGAAGCUGAUGAGCCAGAGAGGGAUGAGCUCGUCAUUAGGGAAGAUGAACAACGGGGUGAGCAGGAUGGUGCUCAAGAUGGAAUAAAUCGACCCAAAACAGGUCCAAAUGAAGACUAUAACAAUGAUGAAAAUGAAGCUGAGUCUGAGAGAGACAAGCAGGCAGCCCUCGCGGGCAGUGAUAACAAUCAGAAUGAACUAGAUACUGAAGACCAGAACAAAGACAACACCAAUGAUAACUUAGUUGAAGAACGUGAAAAGUGA